GGAAUCCCUCAGGUUUACUACUUUGGCCCAUGCGGGAAGUACAACGCCAUGGUCUUGGAGCUGCUGGGACCCAGCCUGGAAGACCUCUUCGACCUCUGCGACAGGACGUUCACGCUCAAGACGGUCCUCAUGAUCGCCAUCCAAUUGAUCACCCGGAUGGAGUACGUUCAUACCAAAAGCCUGAUCUACAGAGACGUCAAGCCCGAGAACUUCUUGGUGGGCCGUCCAGGCAGCAAACGCCAACACACCAUUCACAUCAUUGACUUCGGCCUGGCCAAAGAGUACAUUGACCCCGAGACCAAAAAACACAUCCCCUACCGAGAGCACAAGAGCCUGACAGGGACGGCCCGAUACAUGAGCAUCAACACGCACCUCGGGAAAGAACAAAGUCGCCGAGAUGACCUGGAAGCACUAGGUCACAUGUUCAUGUACUUCCUGCGUGGGAGCCUGCCCUGGCAAGGCCUCAAGGCAGACACACUGAAGGAACGGUAUCAGAAAAUAGGCGAUACCAAAAGAGCCACGCCCGUUGAAGUGCUGUGUGAAAACUUCCCCGAGGAGAUGGCCACGUACCUCCGCUAUGUUCGGCGUUUGGAUUUCUUCGAGAAGCCAGACUAUGACUACCUGCGCAAGCUCUUCACCGACCUGUUUGAUCGGAACGGCUUUGUCUUCGAUUACGAAUACGAUUGGGCUGGUAAACCCUUACCGACCCCAAUUGGCACAAUCCAGAGUGACGUACAAGUCCAGCCUCCGAACAGAGAGAAAGCACAGCAGUUCAUCAAGCAACAGGUAAUGAGCUCAACCAACGGGGAGCUGAACACGGAUGAUCCGACGGCUGGCCACUCCAACGCCCCCAUCACUGCCCCCGCUGAGGUCGAGGUGGCUGACGACACAAAGUGCUGCUGUUUCUUCAAGAGAAGAAAGAGGAAAACCAUUCAGCGCCACAAGUGAUCCCCCCACCCCUGUUGGAAAAGACCAGGAUUCUUUUGGGACUACGUUUCGUUUGACUUCCUGGACCCCCGCCCUCCCCAGCUAAUGAAUCAAGAUUCCUUGUUCGGAUGGGGAACAGGUUUCCUGCCUCCCCCCUGCUCCGGUUUUGCAGGGAGGGGGGGGUGCGGCCAGGAGCCACUAUGACUGUGGUGGGCUAGUCCGGGCAUGCGGGGGGGGGGGGGGAGGGACAGCCUUCCCCCGUUUGUGACUUUUUCUUUUCUUCCUGAGAAACACAGAAUUUGGAGGAGGGGGGCCCCUGUUCACUGAAAAAAAGCACGUCAGACUUUUGC